AACCGUCCGGCCCGGGCAGGGUCGCUCCCAGCGCCGGUUCUCGGGCAGUGCCCAGGGUCUGAGGUUCGAAUGCCGUCCCUUUAGCGCUCCCCUUCCCCGCGCACGAUGGACGUGUCGAGGAGCUUCUUCGCUAGGCUGCGCACCCUGGCCAUCAGGCUCGAGAAGGAGGUGAAGCAGCUGGAGCAGGCUCUAAACGGAGAGAACGCGGACUAUGAAGAUAUAACUCCAAUGAGAGUCUUACAUGACCUCCAUUGUGAAAUCAGUUCUCUGAAGGAAGAUUUUAAUGCCAGUCUUGGUAAGAGUUGCUCUAAAAACCAAGCAAUUAAUGAGUUUAUGAAGGCAAGUGAAAUAUUGAUGAAAAGAAAUGAAGCGGAUCUUGGAGAAAUAAGAAAACUGUUCCAGAAGAAUGGCUCCAAAAUGCCUGUCAAAGAUUCUACAGCAGAAGAAGAGGAGGAGGAAGAAGUUGAAAGCGAUUCGACAGCAUCUGUCCAGAAUAAAUCCGAUGAAGGCAAAGCAGAUAAUGUACCUGCUGGUACUGAGAGGUCACUGGUGCCUGCAGACCCGCUGCGUAACCCCCGGCUUUCUGAUUUUGGUCUUUCACAAUACAGUUUCUACAGGUCUUGGAGCGCAGUGGAAGGACAACACACAACAAAUAAGCAUCAAGCAAAUUUAAACAACAGGACUCCACUAAAAGCACUGACCUCCUGUACUUUGCCCAAAACACCAAAAUGUAAGCUGAAGAUGGAUGAUUAUGAGUGUGUAACACCGAAACUGGAACACUUUGGCAUUAGUGAACAUACAAUGUGUAUGAAUGAAGAUUAUACAAUGUCGCUUAUUCAUAAAACUGCUCAGACAAGCAAGAAGUUGGUUAAAGAUGAUCAUAAAGUGACUGUACGCGAAAUGACAUCCAGGGAAGUCACAGUCAUUCCUGGGCCAAAAUCAAAAGUGACACCUAAGAAUGCUAACUGGAUGGCUUCUCCUGCGAUGCCUGUGUUCUGUACUCCUGAUGUGAAAAUCCCUUCCAGAACAAAUAGUACGGUAUUAUCAAGAUUACCAGAGACAAAUGAACAGCCUCUUACCAAUCAUACAGAAACACCACCGUGUCCAGAUUUUGAAAUGAGAUGGGUAAAAGCGGAAGCUAAGCUCUUAAGUAGCAAUUCUGAGGUGAAGCAGGCGGGGAAGACUGAGUCAGUGGCAAAGAAUGAUGCAACAGAUAAACAACACAAAGAAGACAGCAGUUCUUUUGCUGGGAGCUCUGAUGAGUAUCUUAAACGUUUCAGAGACCCUUCUCCUCCCAAAAUAAAACACUAUGACCAGUUACUCAGUACUCCUCCACCUCCAGAAAUAACAAAGAUACCAGAUGAUGUUCUACAGAUCCUGUGCAAGUAUAGUGGUAAAGUAGACUCUAACACCAAGGAAAUGGAGACCAAGACAGGAAAUGCUACAAGAUAUGAAAAUGAUGGCACAGAUUGCUGCAACAAAGAGAACAGAGGAUAUCCUGGAGUUUUCAAGCCAAACAUCUGAAAUCAAGCUGAAGACCAUGUUGAUACUAUUUUGCAUUCAUGAAUCUCAUCACUGAAUAGUAACAAGGCUCAAAAAGCAGAAGAAAAUAGCGGUGGGAGGAAAGAGCCAUAUGAAGAAAAAGCUUUUUUAAUAGAGAAAAUAUUUAUCCAUGAUGUGGAUACACUUGUUUGAACUAACAACUUGUGCUUAAUUUUUUAAUUGAAAUUAUUGGCAAAACUUAUUGAGGGUUUUUACAUAUAUGUGUGUUGAUAUGCUUCAAAGACGGCUGGGGUCAUAUGUGAGGUAGUGCUUCAGGUUAUUUUUCACCUCAUUCUGAUGUUUGUUGUAUAUACUUGUUUGCUGUGGGGUAUAGGGAAGCUUAGUUAGGUUGCAGUAAAGGGAAAGUCCAGUUUAUUGUCGCAGAAAGUGGGUAUCUCUGGCUGCUCUGGUAACAUCUUCAGGGCUGAGUUUGAAGUGGGUGGUACUUCAGCAGUAUCUGGUUUCUUCAACAGAAACAAGUUGUUUGGUUUUGGUUUUUUUUUUUUUUAUUAUUGGAAGAGUAAGUCCUGCUUUAUUGUUUAAAAUACUUCUAUGCUAUUAGUCACUUCUGCAAUAAUAAGACACAUCAUACAUAUUCCUGCAUCAGUUACUGUUACUUGACAGGCAUUAUCUUAUGCUGCUGCUUCUUUCUUAAUAUAGUUUUCUUACAUUGACACCGUAUUAGGUGCUAUACAUCCGGUUUCCUUUUGACAGUCUAACCUUUGUAGCCCUAAAAGGUUAAAGCUUCAUAUUCGAUCAAGGUGACUCUUGUCUGAAUAUGAAUUAUUUGAAAAUGUAUUGUACAAUUUGUACUGGUUACACAUAACUUCGACUGCUGGGAUUAUUUGCUGGCAGACAUGUAGGUGAUUGAUUACUCUCCUGCUGCCAUGUGCAUUCUGGAAGUAGUAGUGUUGCUUACGUCUGUCCCUGUAAUAGCUGACCAAGCUGAAGUUCUCGGAGCUGGUUGGCACUUUUUUGGUGUCUGGUAGCCAUAGUACUUAAAUCUCUAGUAGAAAAAGAAAAUCUUUAUUUUUGUCCACAAGAAGUCCCAGCUACGUAUCCUUAUGUGGAGCUGGUUUGCUGUUUCUAGUAUCAGCUAGUCCUCUGAGGGACUCCAGGACUGCUCUUAACAGCUGUAUGUAGUCUUCCUGUUGAUGGCUAAAAUGCUGUCAUUUUUAUGAGGGCAGGCAUGGAACACGUGAGAAAGGAGAUGGGGAGAAUAUGCUUUUCUGAACUUUCUGGGUACAGCAGUUUUUAAGUCCUUGGGUUAUGCAGACAUCUAGAGAUGCCCAAAACUAUUUUUCCAGUUGGUUAGAGUUAUCCUGGCUAAAACCUAGCAAAUAAAGGUGCCUUUUUCCUCCUAUAUCAAAUUAACUGGAGAAGAUGAUUUUCUACUAGGUCUGGCCUGAGCAUACUGUCAUUUUUCUGUGCUAACUUCUGUUUAAAAAUAUGCAUUAUUAUGUGUCAGUCUUUGAGCUUGAUCAACAUUUUUAAAUACUAAAUAAACUUGAUGGCUGCUAUAAAAACCACUUACUUGUUCUACCCAACUCCUUUAGAGAGGGAAGGCCAGACCUGCUUCCAGCAUCUUCACAGACUAAAACCUCUGCAUGGGCUGGAUGCUAGUCAUGGAAUUUCAUGGUCUGAAAACAGUACAAAGCAUUCUGCUGCAGAGCAAGAAUCUUUUUGCCCAGCAGAUUUACCAGUACUAAGGAGGAGGGUUUCACAGCCCGCGUUCUCCCUCUGCAGUACUUCAUGGCUAUUUUCUUGCCCUGAAGCCAGAUAUUCUGAAAGGCUCCAUUUAGCAUGGACCGGAACAAGCAGCACUACUGUCCUGGAAAUGUUUCCCUCCCCUACCACCUUCAACUACUGAAAUUCCCAGAAGGGCUUCUAAAUAUUUUUUCCCUAAACUUGCCUAAACAGCUUUGGACUCCACUGUCCUUUUCUCCAUUAGGGAGCUGUGGAGUUGUACCCAGCAGUGCUGGGGUUCUCACCGUAAGCCACUGGCGUGGGUUUUCUUGCCUAUUACACAAUGCUUUCUGCUGCAUUUCAUAGCUAUUUCAUUAAUAUGGAAGAGAUUCAAUUAGUAUUUUGAGAUACAAAUUAUCAUCAAGAUGACAAUUGAAAUCUUAAAAUCUUCUGGUCUAUUCAAGCUAUUAUGAUAUGAUGCUGGCAUGAGACUUUUUGGAAAUAGAUAUGAAGUUUAACUAGUUAGUUUUGUUUUCCUUGCCUACAAUAUUACCCUAAGACAUGUAAUAUUGCUGUUUGUACUUGUAUUAUUCUUUGUAGCAGGGCCACAGCUCUGAAGUGGAUAUAAUCAGAGCAGCAAAACAAAAUCUAGUUUUAGUUUGUCUUGUUUUACCUUUGAAAAUCUUUCAGAUUUCAGUAAGGCCGAAGCAGUAGGUAGAGUAUAGAGCAUGGGGGAGGGAAAAGUUGGCAGAAGUGAAAGCAUAAGCAGUGUUGGAAACUGAUCUGUGUUCCAACUAAGCUGGGGAGGGAAAGCUGUGUGUUUUGCUUAGUUUUUUGUUUGUUUGUUCGUUUGUUUGUUUUCCUUACUCAGAUCAGUUCUCUCCCGCAGGUGGCUGUGUGGCAUGAGUUCAAAUACUGGAACAACUAAGGAUGUAGCUAUGGGGCUGGAGGAGCGUAAAACUCUGCUUAAGCUGGUACUGCUGCUGAGGAAAGGCUUAUCCCACUGCUCACUAAAGUAAUAUAACACAUUAAAGUGGGAAUAAUGCAAAAGAGCUUAAAAGUUACAUAUUGGGUUGUUGUGGGGUGAGUCUGAUAACAGCACUGGCCUGUCAGAAAGUGCAGUUUGGAUAAACAGCUAAAUAAAUAGCAAACAGGGUGGUUCUGUAAGGGACAGUCAUCACCUGAAAAUAGACAAAAUUGACUCAGAGUAUGGCUUUGUGUUGUGCUUAAUUUAGUUUAACUGGGGGAUACUUCCACUAGAGGCUGUUUCACCAAUUCUCUUGCACAGAAUCUAGGGGUUGGUUUGUUGAACAGAAUCUAGGUUGGUUGUGCAGUUUUGUGAUGGAUUCCUUCCAUUUGCUGAGCCACUGAAAGGACAAUUAAUUUUGUUUUCUAGUUUGUCCUCCCUAACAGUAAUCUCAAACUUGGCUUCUGCCUAUGUGAGAUCAGAUGGAAGGGAAGGGUGAGAACAGAUCACAUCAUCUAGCAGUAGCCUGCAGUCAAGAAAGAUUGAACCAGCACAAAAUUGCAAUUCAGUGUUCAGGGACAUCUGGGAAACAACCAAAACAAGCAUAGCCUUUAGUUUUCCUUCAUUUGCUCUGGUUCUUAAUCUCUUUUUCACUUUUUAAAGUAUAUCAAAUGUGUCAGCUAACAGAAGUUUCUCUCCAUAAUCCCAUUUGUUGUUAAAGGAGCAUCUCAAUUGUUCUGCCUAGGAAGCCCCUUAAGGUUCUCAGUGCUUUCUUCUCUGGGAAAUAUUGUGCUUGAGGUUAAAUACAAAUAUAGAUCUCACAGUGAAAUGAAACUUCCCAGAUGGUUGUCAAGUGGAUAAAUGACAAGCAUCACUUUUAGUGCCUCCCAUUGUGCAUUUAUUGAUGUGUUUAUAAGUCACUAAAGCAAUAGCUGAAGUCCAGGCUUCCUUGGUUAUUUAAAGCCCCGUGCAUACUUUAAAUCUUCGGUAAGAUGUGAUAUUUGCUUUGUUCCCUGUUGUCAUUAAUCAGAUGUUCCAGUACUCGUGGUGGCUGCAUGUGCUCCAUCAACAGCUGUGGUUGAUGUUGAAGCUGCCUUGUAUUUCGGGAUUCUGUUUUCUCUCUAUGGGAUGGUAACGCAGAGCUAGUGACAUUUAUAAGGAGCAAUGACAACAUCCAGUGGCUGCACUAUGGAAUCACAUGUAUGUUAGGUUAGUCCACAGGAUGCAAUUUCGUACCAGGAAGACAUCAGUCAAUGCUGGCUAUGUUAUCUAUCAACUUAAAUGUGACCCCUGUGCUAAUACCCACUUCCACAAAGGGGCAGCUGGCAUUGUGGUAGGGAGCUGACCAGGUCCAUGAAAUGCUUUGAUUUGUCUAAUUCAAGUUGAAGAGUUAAACAAAAAAGCCCAAAUGGGCACAUGUAGGUCCAUGGAAGAAGAGGCCAUACUGCACAGGCACUUUUCCUGGGGAAAGUUCAUGUGAAGGGCAGCUUGCAGUAUUCCCGGCAGGAGGGUGUUCAAAAGCUUUCCUAAUUUUUGGCACAAUGUAUUCCUGGCUUAAAGCCCUGUAAUUAAGGCCCUGUGGUUAUGCUGCCCAGAGCUUGCUUACACAAUGGAUGUGAACCAGUCUAAGACCUGGCUGCACAGUCCCACCUUUCCUCUCCCUCAGCCGCAGGGCCUCACCCUCUGUUGCAUCACAGAAUUGUAGCUGCAGGAGAAGCCAUUCCUGUUGCCCAACUGCCAGGAACUAAUGGUUUGUUUCCAAGGUUAAAUUGUUCAGGGACUCUGUGCCGACCCAAAUCACUGCUUGCCUGCAAAGGCAGGGGUGGAUGUUGAGGCAAGAGACAGGGAAGGCUGGGGGAAGUACGAGCUAGGACAUCUCCUUCACUGGCAGUUUGUGCUGCUCAGGGAACGGUAUCCUGUCUGUCAGGCUGCUUUGGUCAGGUUUCCUGACGCUGCUGUUCCCUGAGCACUUCCACAUUCCUCAGAGUCCUGCUCUGUUGGGGGAACUGAUGCUAUAUUUUUUAUUUUUUACUUUUUUCUUUAACCCAGCUGCUGUGCAAUAAUGUCUAGACCCAAGGGCUGAGAUAGCAGCAGUAGGUACUUGCACUGCUUUGGUUUGGGCAGGUCCUAUCAUCUUAGCUGUUACAUUACUUACAGCACUGUUCUUUGACCAAGACCAUAGCUGUUGUCAUCUGUUUGCUCUGGGUUUCAGAGACCACCUCAUUUUUCCCUACUUUCCAUUGCAAGAGUGAGAACUUGCUGAUAAUACCUAAUGCUUUCCUGCUGCGUCAUGCCCGUUUCUGCUUUUGACCAGAGCUGUAAAGCAGAACUUAGGCCUCCACAACCGCUCCAGUCACACAGUGAACACAGUGCCUGCGCAGGGACUGUGUCUGAUGCAGCACAGGUUACUGACAAAGUGUGUGUGCCAGCUGUCCUCACUGGUGAACUAGGGAGGGAAUUAAGCCGCAUACCAGUUCCUCCAGGAGAGACACAGGCAGCCUCUCCCAAAAGCACUGCAGAGGAACUCAUAAAGGGUUGUGCUGCCACUAUGGGGAAGGAAACGGCUGCUUUUCUGAGACUGUAGCCUCUGCUCCUGUAAGGACUGUGAAAGCAGAGCCCUUUGCUUAAGGCCUGGGCAUGUCAAAGGGGAAUCUUCACCUUCCUUUGCCCUGUUAAAGCCUGGCUAACAAUUAAGACCAGCAGCAAUAUCUGUGUAAGGUGUAACAAGGUAACGGGGGGGUGUUCCUGGUGUGAGAAAAAGAAAAAAAGAAAAAAAGACAUUCUGGAUACACCUUUUUUCAAUCUAUUAAAUUGGAAAUUUAAUAAAUGUAUUUGACAGCAAAUCUCUCUUUUGAGAGAUGUUUAGCCUGAAGCAGCUAGGGAACAGGUCAGCUGAGGUUCCAUAGCAUGAACUGCACACCUAAGCACUCAGGCUGCAGUAUUUGCUACUGAAAGCAGUUCUGCAUGUUCAUUUCCUGGUGAUUUUGCUUCAUGGGCCCCUAAAUACAAAGCCAGUAGGUGUUCCUCUUUUCCUCUGAAGUGUGUGAAGACCUGCCCAGUCGGGGCAGGGACAAGCCCUCACUGGGCCAUGUCUCCCUAUCCAGCAGCAAAUAAAGCCAAGCCACCUCUCAGAGCAGCUGAGUCACAGACGUAGGCUUGCUUCCUGCUAUUGCUUUAUAUAUUGACUUCAUUUAAUGUUGAGAAUUAUCCUUAAAUGCAAUUAAAGCAAAAACCAGGACCCAAAAAUGAGGAAA